UUAGGCAGGCAGCAGACCAGAGGGCGUUCCGCAAGUGGAGUUCCAAACACGCCUACAGCAAGAAUGCGUGUGUUGAGCUGCCAGGUGUCACGGGGCGUUUCCCAAGGAAACGUGAUUAAGACUGUCACCGCUCAGCGCACAGGUCACCCCGCUGGCAGAGACACAUUUCUUCGGCGUGAGCCCAACGCACGUUCCACAUCCUGGCCCGGAGCUGCUAACUGGCCGCAGUUCUUCCAAAGGACGUGACCGUGUAACUCAGCCGCACCAUAUGGCCUGCUGGUGAUGAAUUCUGUCGGAGGCGGAGACGGAUUGGGAGGCCCCAUCUGAAGAGCUCCCUGGACGCUGCAGCAGGACACAGGGGGAUCCGCACCUCCCCGGACGCGAAGCGCUGUGCACGAGGCUCGCCGGUCACUCAGCCGCUCCUCCCAGCCCUGCAGGACCCCGGGGCCGUGCAUUGGGACCCCCGGGGCGCGGCGAGGUCUGACCGGAGCCCCCGGGAGGCAGGUGGAGCAGGAACGCCCGGGCUCCCCCGCCCCUGGUGCCGUGCAGCAUGUUCCUGCGGGAGUCUCCGUUCCCGAACCGGCUCCUGAGAGGCCUGUACAGCCUGGGCCAGCACCUGCUGUUCCCCAGCUACUGGGCCACUGACUGCCUCCUCGACCUCAGGGAGACCACGGCGGAGCGGCGCCAGCGUCAGUGCUGCCCCCUGCGGGCGCUGGUCACCGGCCCCUUGCUGCUGCUGCUGCUCAUCCUCUCCAUGCCCGUCGCCCUCCUGGGCCUGCUGCUGUGGCUCCCCCUUCAGGCUGCCCGCAGGCCCUUCACCUACAAACACAACAUGCUCUCGCGCCAGCCAGUGGGGUGGGAGCUGCCGGGCAAGGGCAAGGCCUUCAGCUUCGUCAGCGCCAACGUGUGCCUCCUGCCCAAUGGCCUGGCCAAGUUCAGCAACCUGGGACAGAUCAAACAGCGCGUGGCCCACAUCGGCCAGCGCCUGACGGAGGGGGAGGCCAGCGCCAGCUUCGCCGGCCCCAGGAGCCACCAGUUCCUGCCGCCCACCAAGUACGGGGCCACCAAGUCGAGCCCGCCGUGGCCGGGGAGCGGUGCCCGCCGCCCUGAUGCCAGCGUGGUGAUUGAGGCCCCGACGGGGAGGGAGGGGCUGGGCCCAGGGGAGAUCUCGGCGCCCUUCCCGCCGGACGUGGACUUCAUGUGCCUGCAGGAGGUGUUUGACCAGCGGGCGGGCGCCCGGCUGUGCCAGCUGCUGAGCCCCUUCUACGAGCACAUCGUGUACGAUGUGGGCGCCUACGGGCUGCAGGGCUGUUCUGCCCUCAAGGUCUUCAACAGCGGGCUCUUCCUGGCCAGCCGCUACCCCGUGCUGGCCGCCCAGUACCGCUGCUACCCCAACGGUAUCUGUGAGGACGCGCUGUCUGCCAAGGGGCUGCUCUCCGUGCAGGUGCAGCUGGGGUCAGCACAAAGGCAGAGGAUUGUGGGCUACGUGAACUGCACACACCUGCAUGCUCCAGCCGCUGAUGCACAGAUCCGCUGCGACCAGCUCACUCAGGGGCUCAUCUGGGUGCAGCAGUUCCAAGACUCCCACACGCAGCACGGGGACGUCGUCGCCUUCGACGUGUUCUGCGGGGACUUCAACUUCGACAACUGCUCCUCAGGGGACGAGUUGGAGCAGACCCAUGACAUCUUCCGCCAGUACCAAGACCCAUGCCGAGUGGGGCCCAGGCAGGACCAGCCCUGGGCCAUAGGCACCCUGCUGAACUACCUGGAGAUCCACGAGGAGGCCGUGUCGACCCCAGAGAAGCUGAAAAGGACCCUGGAGCAAGAGGAAGGCAGGCGGACGUACCUGGCGGGUCCCAUCCUGCGGGACGGCCGCCCCGACCCCUCGGCAGCAGGGAGCCCCUGGGAAGGGCGCCGCAUCGACUACAUCCUGUACCGCGAGCACCCCGCCCCCAUCAGCCUGACAACGGAGGUGGAGAAGUUUUCCUUCAUCACCCAGCUGGCCGGCUGCUCGGACCACCUGGCUGUGGGGCUGCGGCUUUUCCUGAACCCUGCGCCGCAGUGACAGCAGCGAGUGUGAACCCCGGUGUCCGGGGUGGAAGGUCGAUGGAGAGUCCUCGUUAUAGUGGGGUGGGGGGGGGUGGGGCUGGGCCCUCCCCCUCCGUGUGCCUCCCCCACACCGGACUCGGAUAGGCCGCGAGGCCUGGGACCGGAUGGAGCUGGCUGGGCCAAGGGGCCCCUGGGGCUGUGUGGGGCUAGAGUUGCCCCCACGGGCUCUGCUGGUCCCAUGGGAGGUGGGUCUGUGCUGGCCAGAGCCCCCCGGUCAGUGCCCCAGGACGGGGACAGCCCCAGCGCCUGGCUCCCAGGCUGGCGGGGGCCCAAGGAGGAGGCAUGCUGCUUUGCUGCACCAGUGGGGCCCAUCACCCAUGGUUCUGGGUUCGGGGUCCACGGGGGAUCGCUGGGGUGUGGAGCUGCCUCUGCAGACCUCACCCACUGCAGCAGGACGAGGGGCUGGCUAUUUCCCACCUGACAGCGCAGCUCCCCCACCCGGCUCAGUGCCACGGGCUCCAUGGGUCCAGCCAGCCCUCAGGCCCCCUCCCCAGCCCGUGAGCUGGGUGUUAGCUGGGCAGAGGCUCCCUGGAGCUGGCGUGGGGCCCACGGAGGCACGUCUGCCCCUGCUCAGGACCGCAAGCCCUCAGCUCCACGCGAGGCCCGUCCGUCCCCCAGCAGGGCGGAGUGCCCUUCAGCUGAGCCGUGGCUGCCAGGAGGGGCUCCCCUCUGCCCCGCGCUCACCCGGCCUUGGCACUGUGCCCCUGUGGGGUCUGGAGCUGGAAUCAAUAAAGCUUCCAAAGCACC